ACAAAACAAACAUCUGUCACUGUCAAUUCCUGCAGCAGCUGUUUCAAUGUUAUGAUUUCAUUUUUAUACGGAAUCUAAUAUUUUGUUUAUAAUUAGCUCAAUAAUGCAAGACAAUUCUGGAUGAUCGAUUAUUUUUUUUUAAAGAAGUCGAUUGAAUGUGUUAAAAUGGAGCUUUACGUAACAGGCUCUAAUAUUUUUAAUCAAUGGCUCUGUGACGACUUAGUGAUAAAUGAAUUUCAGAUUUUUUCACCUUCCAAACAUAAAUUAGAAACUGGUGGAAGCCGAACAAAUAUCCUGCAGAUUAACUGGUCGUAUAACAUUUUUGAAAUAAACGAUACACUUCACAUAUCAGGAGCUUGGGAUGGAAAAGAAAAUCAGUUUACUAAAGUGCCAUUACCAAGUGAAUGUGUUAAAUCCAAAGACCUAUGUGUUACAGGCAAUGAUUAUAGAAUAAUUUUAGUUGAUAAGAAAAUGAGUGCUAUAAGGGUGCUAGAUAUAGAGAAAAAAGAAGUUAAGGAACUAAAUUUUCAUAUUGAAGAACCAAUAGAAGCUGGUACAAAGAAAAAGAAGUUAGUUGAUACCAUUUCCAAAGCUGUACUAUCAAGUGAUUCAUGCUUAUACUUGACGCAAGGAGGACAUGUGUAUAGUGGGAUCUUACCAAGUUAUGUGGACACAAGGCAUUGUAUAGGAACAGUAAUAGAUGUCCAGUGUGGCUAUGAACAUUUCAUGCUAUUGACUGAAGAAGGCAGGGUUUACACUUGGGGUAAUGGCAGGAGGUUACAGUUAGGACAUGGUGACAUAGUAAGCAGUCUAGAAAUACCCACAGAAGUAGAAGCACUGGCUGGUAUAAAAAUAAUCAAAAUUAGUGCUGGUGGCUGGCAUUCCCUAGCACUCAGCGAGUUUGGUGAUGUCUAUGCUUGGGGCUUGAAUGACACUGGCCAGCAAGGCAUCAAACAUUUAAAUGAAGAACAUAAUGAAAGCUUUUCUGUUCCCACACUAGUCAAUCUUUUUGAUGAACAAGGCAUAGAGAUUACAAGAAAUGUAAAAGAUAUUGCUUGUGGAUCUAAACAUUCAGCCCUACUUUUAGAUGAUAACACAAUAUGGACGGCUGGCUGUAACAAAUAUGGUCAGUUGGGAAUAUCAGAGCAAAAAUAUCCUUCUUCAAACUACUUUAGAAAUGUAUUUCAAUGUGAUAAGGAAAAUAGAAAUUAUUCACUAAUUUGUGGACCAUGGAAUACUGUGAUAUGUUGUACAUUUGUAAAAAAAAAACAUAAAUGAUAUUUAAAAUA